AUGGAGGUAACCACCCAUGUCCUCACCAAUGCCCACCAGCUUGUCGCUCGGGCUGGCAGUGCUCCGGCCCAGCCAGAUCGGCCUCCAGUCUACAAAGUAAUUGGUAUAGUGCUCGCGAUCGCCUCUGGCGUCUUCAUUGGCAUUUCCUUUGUCCUCAAAAAGAUGGGCCUGCUGAAGGCGAAUACGAAAUAUAAUGAAGAGGCGGGAGAGGGCUACGGCUACUUGAAGAAUGUCUGGUGGUGGACUGGCAUGACAUUGAUGAUUGUUGGAGAGGUCUGCAAUUUCGUCGCAUAUGCUUUCGUCGAUGCCAUUCUCGUCACCCCACUCGGCGCCCUCUCCGUGGUGAUAACGACUAUACUGUCCGCUAUCUUCCUGAAAGAACGCUUGAGUUUUGUAGGAAAAAUUGGAUGCUUCAACUGCAUUAUCGGGUCUGUCGUGAUUGUGAUGAAUGCGCCGGCUCAAUCGGCCGUUGCCGACAUUCAGGGCAUGAAGGACUUCGUGGUUACGCCCGGCUUUUUGACAUAUACAGGUGUGAUAGUGGUUGGUUGUGCCUUCAUUGUUUUUUGGGUAGGUCCAAGGUAUGGCAAAAAGAGCAUGCUUGUCUACAUCAGCGUGUGCAGUCUGAUCGGAGGCUUGAGCGUCGUCUGUACUCAAGGACUCGGAGCUGCAGUCAUUGCUCAAGCACGUGGGGUGCCGCAGUUCAACCAGUGGUUUCUGUAUGUGAUUUUGGUUUUCGUUAUAGCGACGCUGCUUGUAGAGAUCAUCUACCUCAACAAAGCACUCAACCUCUUCAACGCCGCCCUCGUCACCCCUACCUACUAUGUCUUCUUCACUAGCGCAACGAUUGUGACUUCUGCGAUCUUGUUCCAAGGUUUCAAGGAUCUGCGCUGGAGUGUGCUACUGCAAAUGUCCAAAUCUGCCAAGGAUGUGCCUGAUGCCGCGGUCUUCAAGGGCGAUCUUGAUCAAGUCCGUGAAAUUGGCGAGCAAGAGCAACCAGAGACCGAACCCAAGGCGGAUGCGAUCCGAGGCACAGCAGCAAUCCUUCGACGGAUUUCAGUCUCUCGGCAGAAGAAGGAGGAAGAAGAAGCAAGAAGAUACCGCGAGGAGAAGUUGAAGGAUCAAUUAGAACCACUCCAAGAGAACGAAAUUGUUGAAUGGGAUGGUCUUCGGCGGAGGAAGACCGUUUUAGGAGACGGUCUUCCAAGUCCGAUCGUACGACGAAAAACAAUACAUCCCCCACUGGGCAUGUCUCGCUUUCCGGAUGAGGACGAGCUACAACAAGACCAAGCACAUGAACAUCACCAUCAGCACAGCUUUUUCGAAACUGUUCGUUCGCGUGCAUCGAGCGUGUUGCGCACACAUCACCCACGACAAACCGCUUCUGAUCCAGUGGAUGCCAAUGGAGAAACCCGUACACAUCCUGUCGCCCUCGCCGAUAUCAAGACCUAUCCUGGAAAGCCCGAUACACCGAUCGAGCCCUAUGGUCCAGGAAGUAUAGAGCAGGCUCGAGAACAUAUCUAUGGCUUACCGCCAGGGCUCAAACCUGAACCUUAUCAAAGCGGUCGUUUAAACUCCCCACGAUCGAAGCCAUUGCCUGCGCAGCCAGCCGUGCAGUCUCCCGCUGGCGCUCCGAACAUUCCCCUUCCAUCGCCACUUGGCAAAAUCAGCCGACGUCAGUUCUCCUUUCAGAACAUGUUUCGAGGUCCUAAAUCGCCAGCUCCCGGAGAUCAAUCAGCCUCGAACCUUGAUCCCCCUCCGUCACGAUUAGGCAUGGGCUCGAGAUCUGGCAGCGCGGAACAGAAACGUGCAAUGAAGACAGCAUCCGAGGAAGAACGGCUGGGUCUUGUCAAGGGUGAUUCCCACGCUGCUUUGCUUGAUCCCGAUCCUUAUCCCUCGCCUCCUCGUCCACUUUCAAUUGAGCAUUAUCCCUACGCUGCUACUUCAUCAGAUUCUGUUGCUUCAUCUCCUGAAGCACAGACACCGCUGGUUCCCAGGCAAUCAUAUUCACCCUCCCGCUCUACUGCCAUGUCUGAUAAUGCCCCACUGUACAAAGACCUUCACAAUCCUGGCUACUUCACUUCAGGCCAUGCCUUUGGCGAUUCUGCACCUUCAUCCCCACUAGAAGAAGAGGCAGGGGUUGACGACGAAUGGCAGGUCCCACAAACCCACCGACACCUCACAUCCCUCUUCCAACGAUCACAGCGACCCCUCCUCCACCGCCGACGCCUCCACCCCACGAGCACACACAACUACCACCCUACCACAGCCACAACCCUUAUCAGCCCCGGCAACAACCCCCCCCCGAGUCCGCACAGCCGAAAGCAGCUCCAGUGGCCUCCGCCCCUUUCCAGAAUACACCGAUGUCGCCACACCAGAACACGACCGGAGGUACUACCGCGAGAGAUCGCAAUACAACCAUCAAAUUCGAGUCAACAACCCGCGAUCCACGAUCCCAAACCAGGACUCGAGAUCCGCCUUCCCAGGGGACUACGGAGCGCAGUAGAGCGUUUCAGGAAGUGGAAGCCGCUCAGGAACUGCAACGAGCGAUGA